AUGUCUAAUCAUCACGCGGGUCCUAUGUCCCCUGUCAAAGGCGAACCUCUCUACCUAUACACAGCAUUCACUAAUAUGGAGAUCGGAGCACUGUUGGCUCAAGACCUCGGCAACGACCAGCUAUACCCGAUUCACUAUAUCAGCAAUGGGUUUAGAGACGCGGAUUUCAGAUAUUUUAAAGCAGAACAAGCAUGCUUAGCGCUCAUAUAUGCCGCACAAAAAUUACGAUCUUAUUUGCUCGCUCAUGAAACCAUAGUGGUAGAAACCGCUAAUAAGAUCGCUUAUCUAGCAACAAAACUAGUGUUAUCCGGCAGGACAGCCCGCUGGCUACUACAACUAUCUAAAUUUGAGCUAAAUUUUCAGCGGUCUAAAGGAGUACGCGGGCAAGCAUUGGCAGAUUUAUUGGCCGCAUUCCCAGGCAUGGAUAUGACGGAAAUAAGUGAUGAAAUACCUAGAGAAGUUGCAGAAGUCGAGGAAGAAAAGCGCUGGACAAUGUUAUUUGACGGUUCAUCAUAUAGCUCUUAUAGAGGAGCGGGGAUAGUAUUUGAGACACCCAAAAGAGAAUUGUUAUCAUUUGCUUUCAAGAUAGACUUUGAAUGUAGCAAUAAUGUGUCAAAGUAUGAAGCAUUGAUUCUCGGAUUAUGA